GCUCUGCAGCCCUCAAGAACGUAGCGCGUUACCAUGAGCCUCCUCAGUCGAGCCCGUCUCAUCGUCACGUCUACCCUCGUCGCCUACCUCGCCUUCCUCGCCUCGCUCACCUACGAGCCCGUCCAGAACAGCCUCAUCUACCUUCACGGCCUCCGCUUCCCGCACGGCACCGACUUUGCGCGCCCUGAACUCGUCGGCUUCGCGCCGGCCAAGGUCCGCCCCUUCAACCUCACGACCCACGACGGCGCUCGACUCGGCGCGUGGCAGGUCCUGCCCCGCAACCUGUACGAGGACGCGAUCGCGACGUACGGCGUGCCCGAGGACGGCCCGCUGCCGGACCACGUCUUCGACCAGGCGCUCCACAAAUUGACGACCGUCCUCUACUUCCACGGCAAUGCGGGCACUCGCGCCGCCGGCAACCGCGUCCGCGUCGCGCGCCACAUGAGCGACAUGGAUGCCUCGUUCUUGAUCGUCGACUAUCGAGGGUUCGCCGACUCGUCGCGCACGCCACCGCCGAGCGAGGAGGGUCUCCUCACCGAUGCGCGCCGGGCGUGGGACUGGCUCGUCGUCGACAAGGGCGUCGCGCCGGCCCAAGUCGCCGUCAUGGGCCAGAGCCUUGGGACCGGCGUCAGCGCGGGCCUCGUCGCGAGGCUCGCCGACGAGGGCGUCGCACCGAGGGCGCUCGUGCUCGUGGCGCCGUUCUCGUCGAUCCCGACCCUCCUCGAGACGUACCGCCUUGGCAACCUCAUCCCGAUCCUCUCGCCCCUGCGCCACUUCCCCCGCGUCCUCGACUCGCUCCUCGCCCUCCUCAAGACGCGCUUCGACACGCACGCCGUCAUCCACAGCAUCACAUGCCCGAUCCUGAUCCUCCACGCGCACAACGACCCCGUCAUCCCGCUCGCGCACACGCGCCGGCUCGCCGACCAGCUCCUCGGCCCGCUCGUCGCACCGCACGCGGCCGACUCGGACGAGGCGGCGCACGAGGCGAGGAGACACGUGGUCAGGGAGCGCAGGGUUGGCGGGUGGGGCGUCGUGAGCCGCUUUGAGCGCGGUGAGGGGCUGGGAGAGGUCGUCUGGGCCGAGGCGGUCAAGGGCGCCCAUAAUGAGAUCGGCACGGGCGAGUUCUCGAUUGAGCUGAUCAAGGAGAUCAUCUUCAAGGGCAAGGCGAGCGUGUAGCGCGGUGGCGGUCCGGGCGGGAUCGCGGUUUGUCGAGGUGACGAGAGAGUGGGCGGCCAUAGAUGCUUUGUGAGGCUUGCUUCAGUACAUGGGCUCGUGCAGUACUUUUUUCUCAGU